GUGCUCUGCAGCUCAGUUUUGGAUUUGUUAACCUCUGAGUUAUGACUUAAGUCAUAAUUGUAAUAAAAGAUAUAUUCUUAUCUAAAUGGAAGCUUCACUGGUCCUUUGUCCAGGUGAUCAAUUAGAUCUUUUUUAUAGCCUAACUGUUGUUGAACCUCCAGUGCCAGCGAUUGUGUCCCAGGAAACCUUAUUGAAGAUUGGUUGCUAUGUGGCUGAUAUGGAUGACAACAAUUCUUCUACUGUCAAGUGAAGCAACAGCCAACCGAAUCUGGGAGUCCAUUUACCAGGAUCUGGAUGCAACGUACAGCUGCUUCAAGAUUUUGAAUGGAACACAUGAAUUUGGCUGCAGAGCCGACUUCACCGGCAACGUGGGCCUACUGCGAGUGGUGAACUCGAGUGCCGACCUGACGCGGCUGACGACCUCUGGCGAGCGGCAGUCGGUGGUGGCCGUGGUGCCGCGCCAAUGGUUCACCGUGGACACACUGCAGCGACUGGAGAGGAUGACGGCCGACCCCGAUCAGGGUGACGUGAAGGGCGUGAUUCUGAUGCUACCCGACGAGGACUGGGGCCCGGACGAGGCCUUUCAGUACUCUGAGGAUGACAGCUGCCCGAACCGCUGGUCCAGUUUUUACCGGUCCGACCCCGCUUCGGCCGAGUUCCGUUAUUGUCCGAAGACGCCUUGGAACCCGGCCGGCACCGGCAUGUUCAAACGUAGCUGGAGCUUCCCCAUCAUCCUGCUGAAGAACCAGACGCAGAUCGAUGACCUUGUGAACUGCCACCAUCAGUACAACUCGGCCGGCGCGGAGGGGCCGUGGCCGCGCUGCGCCGCCCAGAUGAAGACCUUCAUGUCAGCUGCCGGUAACUCCGAGAUCUGCUGGCGACGCUCGCAGAGACAGAACCUGCUGGCCACACAGACAGGCGCGUUCUGCUCGCCUAUGGGCUCCACCAACCUGUUCAGCACUUGGCUGCCGCCGGCUGCGGCACCGGCGCCGGCUGCUGAGACGGUGCUGGUAGCGGCGCGUACGGAUGGGGCCACCAUGUUCGACCGGCUGGCGCCCGGCGCUGACUCAGCCGUGGUGGGAAUGGUCGCCCUGAUGGCGGCCGCACGAGCCAUGGCCGACCUCGCCCCGCCUCAGAAUACCAACACCAACGUCAUGUUCAUGCUCUUCAGCGGGGAGAGUUUCGACUACAUCGGCUCGGACCGAAUGGUGUACGACAUGUCGCUGGGCAAGUUCCCGCCGCAGGCCGUGGUCCCUGACGAUGAGAAGGCUGGCUCGAAGCGACGUCCAUCGCCAAUGCGACUAUCGAACGUCAGCUACUACCUGGAGCUGAACCAGUUAGCGCGAGGGACUCCGCUCUUUCUACACUCGGAUCCUGUUACUCGCCGCAAGAACCCGCAGGUGGACAGCAAGGUCCGAGAGCUGAUGGACGGUCUGCGUACCUACGCCGACCCGGGCCGGUACAACGUGCCGCUGGCAGAGCCGGCGCCGGGCACACCGCUGCCGCCCUCCUCUCUGCACGCGCUGCUGAGGGGAAACGACACCGUGCCGGGUCUGGUGGUGACCGACCACAACCAGAGCUACACUAACAGUUUCUUCCACAGCGUGUACGACGUACGCUCGACAGUGUCGACCGGUGGCGACUUGACGGAGCUGGCCGACCGGCUGUCCCGGCUGGCCCAGGUGGUGGCGAGCGCUGCCUACGGCCUGGCCACCGGGCAGACGGCGCCCGACGUCACUGUGGAUAAAAAAUGGGUGGCCGACCUGCUGGAGUGUUACCUGGUGCGUGCCAACUGCUCCCUCUUCAGAGACGCCAUGGAUUCGGAGAUGAGCGACAAAACCCUCACCAGGCUCUGGCAGAAGAACAGGCCGCUGCCCACCUAUGUGUCGGUGGCAGGCCAGGCGACGAUGCACUCGUACCUGAUGCGGCUGACCCACAACGUGCUGUCGCGCUGGACGGGCGAGACGCUGGCGAACGUGACAAACGCUGACAAGUGCCGUAACGACACGGAUCGGAUCUACUCACACCGCUGGCUGAUCAGACAGCUGGAAAACGGCACACUGAGCGGAUACUGCACGCGGUCUCUGGUGGAGCUCUCCAGCGCCGUCAGUCCUGCCUUCGAGAUGGAUGACUACGACUGGUCGUCCGGCGACCACCCGACCUGGGCCGAGUCGCAGUGGAUCGGCUUCGAGCUGCGCAUCUUCCUGAUGCCGUCUCUGGGCCACGAGCUGCUGCACCUGCUGCUGGGUCUGACGGUGACACUGCUAGCCAUCGGUCUGGUGCUGCUGGCAGAGCGGCGCGGCCACCUGCUGUUCGAGUCGCCCAGGUACGAGAUACAGAGCUAGGAACGCGACGCAAACCAGGUACUGUUGGCAGAUUACGACCGCUGCGCUCGGCCGGCGCGGGUGGCCAGUACGGCUCUCUGACAGAGCCCGUCGCCACGUGAACGGGCCUCCGCCACGUGCGCCGCACGGGACACGCGGCCACGUGGCGCCGCCGGCGGGUGCGGUGCGGUCGGCGCUGGCGGGCGGAACUCUAGGGACUCGAGCGGCCGUGGUGCGCCGGUCUCGGCGUCUGUCCGUCGGCCCGGGAGCUGGCCCAGCUGUGCCGAGUACCUGGUUUGCGGUGAGCGGGUGCGACUGUGUGCGGUGGCGGCGUGGGUGAGUUGCGACCGCGAGCCGUCUAUGGCCGCGAGCCGCGAGCCGCCUGUGUGUGCGGUUAGCCGUCUGUGUGCGUGCUUAGGGAGAGCCCCAGCGGUCGCCGCCAGCCCACCUGUGAUAUCGAGUCAUUGGCGCGGGUGCUGGAGAUCCACCCCGUGGAUGAGUGAGAUAGUCAUUCGAGCGCGACUCCAGGGCAGGGAAAUCCAUGUCAGACGAGCCACUCGGCGACUGUGGGCGUGGACCGCGGGCUGUGGGGCAGACAUGGAGUGUGGACUGUGGAAACAGACCACUAAGGGCAUACCUCUGACUGUUGACGUAAAUUACUACAGACGGUGGGUUAGAUUGCGAACCGAGGGGGAGAGGGCAGACCAUGGACUGUGGGGUAGACCAUGGGCUAUAAGCGUAUGCCACUGACUGUGGGGACUGACAAUUAUUAAGAGCAAACCUCUGACUGUGGACGCAAACUACGGACUGUUGACGUAGGGUACGGGCGGUGGGGGUAGGUCACGGGCUGUGGGACUGGGGAAUGUGGGGAUAGACCACGAACUUUGGAGGCAGACCACUGGCUCUGGGGACAGACCGUGAACUAUAGGCUCGAAUUACGAACUGUGGGAGUCAUGGGCCACUGACUGAAAGCGACAGACCAGGGGUGGCCACAGACCACGAGCUGCGGGAUAGACUACGGACUGUGGGGCAGACCUAGGACUUUGCCGAGCAGCCGGACUGUACGCAGACCACGGACUGUAGGGGUAGACCACGUACUGUGGACGUACACCACGUACUGUGGACGUACGCCACGUGCUGUGGACGUACACCACGUGCUGUGGACGUACACCACGUGCUGUGAGGACAGACCAUGAGCUAUGGUCUGUCCUCACAGCUGUGGAUGCAAACUACGGACUGUAGGGCAAAUCACGAAAUGGAGACAGACCAAGGGCUGUGGAGACAGGAUACUGACUGUGGGGGUAGACCACGAAUUGGGGGAGAUCACAGGCUGUUCGCGCAGAACACGGACUGUGGAGGCAAACAAAAGACUGGGACAGACCACGGGUUAUGGACGAACACCACGGACUAUUGACGAAGAGCACGGGCUGUGUUCUGCUCACACAGACCGACCAGACGCCUUGAUGUCCGCGAUGUUGCGGAAUGUACAACUAAUCGAUACCAAUGCGUACCACUAGUGUACUUCUGAUGCAGACAUUCCGAUCCACGUAUUAAUGAAUGUGUACCCUCACCAAUCACUGUUCAUAUGUUUUUUGUUGCUGUCGUCCAAGUUAAUCACAUAUGUUCAACGGGCGCUACGAUCGCGGGCAGGAUGUGUAUUGAUGUGGUGAUCCUGUGUUGGAAUAUCCCGACAUGCGUGUCCCUUCCCGAUCUCGACGGGUGCCCGUUUAUGUACCGCUAACGUUAUCUAGUAUAAUUUAUUAUCUUGUGUAAUCCAUUGACCGAUGAGGUGUGUGAUGAGUGUUAAUCGUGCUUAUUCUAGGGAUGCUUCAACUCAUGUAUUCUUUUGUCAAUGACCUCACAAUAUACGGCUUGCUUCUUUUAA